AGCAGCCGGUGGCGGAGUUGGGAGGCCUGGUGGCCUUGGGCAGCAGAGACCCCAGUGGCAUGAGGCGGCAGGAGGCGCUGGUGGUGACGGCAGGGACAGCAGCGGAGGCGGGCCGCGACGGGGAACAGCCGAGGCCCACAGGGCUGGGGUGCAGGGCUCGUAUAGAGCCCGGCGGCCCCCAAGAGCCCCGCCAACAAUGGAAGACAUUUUUAUACUGCGAGCCCCAUAAAAGAAUCAAGGAGGUUUUGGAGGAAGAACUUUCUAUCAAGAGGGAUGAAUGCCAUGUAAAAAGCCCACCUGCUGUGGCCCUGGAUGGAAUUUGGAGCAUUAAAAGGAAUCUCCCUGUGGGAGGCAUGAUACCAGGACAGCAGAGCAGAAACAGUUCACUCCCACAAGCCAAGUACUAUUCAAGGCAUGGAGGGCUGAGAAGAUAAGAUGAACACAUCCUUCCACAGAGAUGGAACUUUCGUUCUCCUAAUGUCCAAAGACAGAAAGAAACUCAAGCUUGUUUCUCAAUCUAAGAUGUAUGGAAAAAAGUUUUUUAGUCUGUAAUACCAAUAUAUAAAUCAGUCCAAGCCACAAAAUACUAUUGGGAAAAUGUGCUAAGAAAAAUAUACUUGUUUUUAGUUUUCACAGUUGGGAUGUAUUAAGCUUCUGUUCAGCUUAUUCUAUUAAAUGUAUCAAACAAAGGCACAGCUCUUCAUUUCAAAUUAAACAUUAUAAAAUCGAAA